CGGGUUUGAGGGGGCCGGUCUGUUACGCGGCGGUUGCAACGUAAUCCCUGCUAUUACUGCUGUAUAACUUUGAGCUUGUUGAAGACAGCCACUAGACGGAAUGUGCAAAGUAGAUACAUUUGUGUGUUUGUGUACUAAGCCUGAGAUAGUGCACUCUUAUUUUACACAGCGUUCGAUAAUUUCCUUCGGUAAAGGUUACUACGGACUGACCACAUCAUUCUCGGAUACCUUCGUUUUUUUCUAUUGACACUGACAACAAACGAAUCUUUUUUUCUUUUACUCAGUCUAUUAUAAAAAGGAUUUGGGAGAGAAAGGAAAAUUGUAAUCGUGAUGGCAAAGACAAGAGGUAUGGAGCGAUGCAGGAAUUAGUCGCUCGUUGUUCCUCGGUAUACAGCGCGCAGUGACCGUGCAGAGCAGGGUUUUUCUCCGCGGCACCUCGCGCACCAGAGGGGCUGGAUUGUUCCCGGAGAGUGCUCCAUCCAGUGUGAUGACGUUUUGCCACUUUCUCAGUGGCCAUUGACGAGGGUAUUUCAAGGACUUAAAUUUCAACCAGCGUUCAGUUCUCAGAUUUUCAGUGGUCUUUCGCCGCUGCUUGUCUUGAACAGUAACAAAGAGCGGGGACGCGCAUUCAUGGAAUGCGACUUUGACAGCUCUCCACUUCUUAUCUAUUGACUUUAUCAACCGGCAAGCGGGAACGUGCAAGUGAGUGAAGGAGAUGGCCGAGGUUCCAGACCCUGAGCCUUUAUCUGACCUGGACGUGGCGAUAGAUCCAGACUUCGAACCACAGAAACGGCCGAGAUCAUGUACCUGGCCCUUGCCAAGACCCGAGUCAAACGCGGGUAAACCGGAGAGCCAUGACACGGACAUCAUACCGGAGGAAGAGGACGAUGAAGAGGACAAUGCCACUUCUAUGUGCAUCAAUGUCAAUGGCUCCAGUGUGACUGCGGAGGACCAGAGCAGCAGUAGUCCCGUAGCAGAAGGAUUGCUCGCCUCCCUCAGCCAGGAAAACGGAGGCUCCCCGCUUUCCUCUCACUCCCCCACGGCUACCUCGGGCGCUCUGAACACCAACGGUCCGGGAGCGCAGCAGACUCCUCGGAAGUCCUCGUCGCGCCGGAAUGCGUGGGGGAAUCUGUCUUACGCCGACCUGAUCACCAAAGCCAUAGAGAGCACGCCAGACAAGAGACUCACCCUGUCACAGAUCUACGACUGGAUGGUGAGAUGUGUGCCGUACUUCAAAGACAAAGGCGACAGCAACAGCUCGGCUGGGUGGAAGAACUCCAUCCGCCACAACCUAUCCCUCCACAGUCGUUUCAUCCGGGUCCAGAAUGAGGGAACAGGGAAGAGUUCCUGGUGGAUGAUCAACCCGGAGGGGGGGAAGGGAGGGAAGGCCCCUCGCCGCCGCGCUGUCUCCAUGGACAACAGCAACAAGUACACCAAGUCUGCCCGCGGCCGGGCAGCCAAGAAGAAGGCUGCUCUGCAGGCGGCGGCAGCGGCGGCCGGCGAGGGGGGCGGGGACAGCCCCUCGGGCCUCUCCAAGUGGCCCGGCAGCCCCACGUCGCGCAGCAGCGAGGAGCUGGAUGCCUGGACCGACUUCCGCUCACGCACCAACUCCAACGCCAGCACAGUGAGCGGGCGCCUGUCCCCCAUCAUCGCUAACCAGGAGCUGGACGAGGUGCCCGACGACGAGCCGCCACUCUCACCCAUGCUCUACUCCAGCCCCGGCAACGCCGUCGGUGCUCUGUCGCCUGGCAACGCCGGCGCCACGCCCAACGGCAAGGCCCUGCCCGCCGAGCUGCCCAGGCUGGCGGACCUGGCAGGCACCAUGAACCUGAACGACGGGCUGACCGACGACCUGAUGGGGGAGCUGCUGGACAACAUCACCCUGGUGGCUCCGCCCCCUGCGGCCGGCGUCCAGCGAGGCUCCGCAGGCUUCGUGUUCAGCGGCAAGCCCUCCUCCAUGGGUCCGCCCUCGCCUGCCUCCCCCGCCUCCUCCACCUCCCCCGCCAACGGCGCCAACGGCGGCUACACCAACUCCAUCUUCGGGCCGCACGCGGCAGGCUCGGCGCUCCGGCCCGCCCCCAUGCAGACCAUCCAGGAGAACAAGCAGACGUCCUUCUCCUCCAUCUCCCGCUUUGGCAGCCAGACCCUGCAAGACCUGCUCAACGCGGACGGACACGUCCACAGCGACGUCAUGAUGACCCAGUCGGACCCGCUCAUGUCACAGGCCAGCUCCGCCGCCGUCAUCUCCCAGAAUUCUCGGCGAGGCCUGAUGCUGCGCAGUGACCCCAUGAUGUCGUUUGGCAGCGCAGUGGGUGGCCAGGGCGGGCUCCUGAACCAGAUCAACCACAACCAGGGGCCCAGAAGGUCACUGAACGGGGUGCUGAACAACGAGGCCAGCAGUCAGGCCAACAGCAAGCAGCAACUUCUCCACUCUCCACUGGGGGGGAACGGCUCGUCCUCCACCAUGAUGAUAGACUCCUCCCUCUUCCUGAACGGCACAGGGGGCGGGGGCAUCUGCCUGGGCCAGGAUCGCUUCCCCACGGACCUGGACCUGGACAUGUUCAAUGGGAGCCUGGAGUGUGACAUGGACUCCAUCAUCAAGAACGAGCUGAUGGAAGCCGACGGGCUGGACUUUAACUUUGACUCUCUCAUCAACAUGAACAGCUUCGGCAGCACCAAGCACGGCUCGCAGAGCUGGGUCCCUGGCUGAGGUUCACACACUGGAGCGGGCAGAGCAGGUAUCCAAACUGUAGCAAAGAGAACAUCAGACACCAAACGUCCUAUCUGCCAAACCUGCCAUUAGCACAACAUAGAGGAAUACGACCCUGCCUGUUUACAAAUGAGAACACUACUCCUCACUCCCUUCUCUGACGGCCCGUGGGCCCUGUCCCAGACAAACACUCACGCCAUGUGUCGCCUCACCUUGGGCUUCCUCGGCUCCAGCAAAACAACACGAUAAACAAACUAGCAAGCAGGAUGUGAAACCAUCGCAAGAAACUCAUCUCAGAAUUAUGCAAUCUUCCUUUGAGACAAAAACAAUAACUACCACAAGACAAAUGUCCAUGGAUUUCAGAAAUAGACUGCUUACUGGAUGCAUGGGUUCCGGGUAGGGUGAAAAGACUCAUGGCUAUCAUGGUUGGUUGUAGUGUACAGUGCACUUGUUCCUGUCGAAGAAAAAAGAUAAAAGUUAAAAAAAAAGUGAUGUGGUGUAAAUCGAAUAACAGUGGUUCUCUGGGGUGUGUUAUGUUUAAAAUCUUCCCUUUGUUUUCACUCAGUGAUUUGAAAUGUUCUAUUUUUGUUUUUGGACUUCCUGUUUAGCAUCACUGUUUCCUCGGCAGCAUACAUGUCUAUUUGUUCAAAGUAUUGAUGAAAUGAUGAUGAAGACGAAGAGUGAGGGAAACUAUCUGCACUCAAACAUACAAACCACACACACACACACUCACCUCGCCCCAAAUGACAAGACUCCAAAGCCCUUAGGGAGUGGAUCUCACAACACAAUGCACUUCAGCUCUUUAAUCGUUUGGUUAUUAAUUUUUAAAUAGUUUGAUUAGUUCAAUUUUAAACAACUUACCAUAUAUUGAUAACCACAUAUUAAUGAUACAAUUAUCCUAGUAUCCUAUCGAAUACUAUAUAGAGAGAGAUUGUUAUCUUUUGUGUGUAUCUAACUGUAAACAAAAAAAAAGAGAAAAAAGAGAAACAGAUAGCAGGAUGUAGCCAUUGACCUCUUUGGCGCAGCACGGUCAUGAAGGAGGGGAGGGGUUCAGUAGGAGGGGCUUAGGCUUUCCUAGCUAUUGGAGGGGUUCAGUAGGAGGGGCUUAGGCUUUCCUAGCUAUUGGAGGGGUUCAGUAGGAGGGGCUUAGGCUUUCCUAGCUAUUGGAGGGGUUCAGUAGGAGGGGCUUAGGCUUUCCUAGCUAUUGGCGGGGUACCGCCUAGUUUGUUUGACACAGCAUACUAUGUAGCCAAAAUAUAAAAGCUACGUGCUAGCGUAGCAAACAUUUCCACGCCAUAACGGGUGCUAUGUUGACAGUGUUGAGUCCAGGCCAUGGAGAACAAGACCUGCGUUUUUACCUGCAGGACUGCAGAACCUGGGACUGCAGCGUAGCAUGGCAGGGGGCGGAGUCUAUAGAUGGAGGGGGGAGGUUGUACUUUUAGACCCUCCCCCUUCUGGCGGCCACUCUUUCCUCUUGAACUAAAAACUAUAAGCUAUCUGUGUAUAAUUGCCAAAUUACUUGAAACAUGUACGUACAGUAGGAGAUGCUGGCAGCCAAAAACACAACACAAAAACACAUGAAAACACACUUACACACAUGUACACACGCACACACACAGUUAUGCAGACACAUAGCUAGAAUAAAGAGCAGGGAUGUGUGUUGAACUCUGCUGUGUUUUUGUGGUGAGCAGGUGGGUCUUGUUAUUAUGCAUAUGUCCAUCACUCAGGGGAUAGGAGGAGACAGACCAUCAUUUGAACACCAGGUUCCAUCUCCAUGGUGUCUAAAAACAUUUGUUGGCGGAAGAAAAUACAAUUAAAUGCUUGUUUUGUGAACUUCAAACCUGUGAACUUAGACUGCCUCCUGGAAGAGGGGUUAAAUCAAAAGAGCUAAUCAGGUUGAAGACCAGCUUUCUCACUGGGUUCUGUUGGUUUGGUCUUAUAAGUCUUUCUCCUCACCUUGGUCACAUUUCACACCCCAUCACACACACCUUACAGGCACGCUUGGGGAUUUUUCAAGCCCCUGUAUCUCAUAAGUGUGUGUUUAAGUGUGUAUGUAAGUGUAUGUGUGUGUGCAACCAUGAAGUUUAUUGUUUCCUGUUUCAUUUUUGUGUCACAAGGAUAUGUUAUCCUUGGUUAAACCCCAUGUAAUGCAGCCUCUGUGCGCAUGACUGUACGCAUCAUGAACUGUAUGAAAUGCAUGUAUAUAUAUAUAUAUUCAUAUAUAUAUAUAUAUAUAUAUACUCCCUCGAUGUCCUACUAUACUGAGGUAGUACUUGACCCUUUGGUUUCUGUGAUUCCUUGGAAGGUAGAGAUGAAGAACUAGAAAGUAAGCCACCAUGACUUGGGGGGAGGGGGGGGACUGGGUUAGGGUGAGGGGUCGGGGAGGGGAAGGGAGGGGAAGGGAGGGGGGGUAAAAUGACAGAGGCGAAAAGGAAAACAGAAAAAUGACAGCCAGUCACCAUUUAUGUAGCAUCUCUGGCAGCCCUCUGUGUCCAGGGUAGCUACACGGAGGGCUGCUCUGUUGUGUAAAAUAAUGUACAGAUGUGUGUGUUCCCCCUCAAAGCUGAGCUGAUGGAGUGUGUGCAUGGCUCGGUAUGAUCAUCCACUGUAGCAAUGCUACUUGAGGUUUAGUGCAUGACCCUUGACACCUGAUCCUCCUACCCACCCCUGCCUGUGCCCCGUCCCAAACAGCAUCCUUGCCCUUGCCUAUCUAGGCCUAUGGUGCCCAGUGCUUUGGGAAACACAAGCAGACACAAACACAUAACAGUGUAAACACUUUAAUAUAAGAUUGAACAUAGCGCACAUUACAUUACACAACCACACAGGCACACACCAACCUUCCAGAUAGCCUACAGUGUAUGUGUGUGUAUCAGUUACUAGUGUGUCUACUGUGAAUAUACUGUCGCUGAUGCAAAGGUCAACUUGGUGUUCCUAACUUCCAUGGCCGACACAGAAAGGCCUCCACUCACUCUGCACACAGUAGGCAAGUUCUACAAAGAUCUAAGAGCGUUAUUCUCCGAAAAUAACCUUCGUGACCAUACCUCUGGCAUCUGUAACCAACAACAUUUCUAGAACCUUCUACAACCUUUACAGCAUGUGUGUCUGUGCUAGGGCUGGGUGGUGCUUCGGGUGCUUUAUGGGUGGCACAUCCCAGACACACACACACACACAGUACACCAUGAGCAGAAGAAAAGCUAAGUCAAACAGGAGAUGUACCACUUGCUUACUUAGUCAGGAGACGCUCCCUCCCCCCAUGUUCCCAUGUUCAGAGAUCCUCACUUCAGCCCUGCCAUCUUUGUAAGCCAACCCUACCCCCCCCCCCCCCAACCUUUUUUCCCCAUGUCACACUUUGACCCCUGACGUCUGACCCUGUAGUAAUCUGGCUUCUAGUUGUUAGUGGGUAUUUUUUCCUGUGUAUUCCAUUUUGAAUUGUAAUCUAGUUUGUAUAAGAAAUGGUGCGCAUGUAAAUAAAGGCUGGUGCAGACCCACUCUC